AUGCUAGGAACUCGGAACGGUUUACAGUGCGCACGGAGAUGCUUCCAUUUGACCCGUUUUACAGGUGCUGGGCACAGUAAGUGGGCCAACAUCAAACACACUAAGGCAAAGAACGAUGCAGAACGUACCAAGAUCUACAACAAGAUGGCCAAUCAGAUCACGGUAGCCGUCAAGUUGGGCGGGUCAGCCGAUCCAGCGAUGAAUAUCAGGCUCGCUACAGCCAUUGAGCUAGCAAACAAGAACAACGUGACUAAGAAGGUCAUCGAAAACGCAAUCAAAAAAGGUGCUGGUACCAGCGAUGGCGUGGGAGCCGGAGCAGAACCGUGUACAUACGAAGGUAUUGGCCCUGGAGGAGUAGCCUUUGUGGUCGAGGCAUUGACUGACAACAAAAACAGGACUGUGGGGCUCGUGAGGUCUACAUUUAACAAGUUCAACGGGAACAUGGCCCCAACCCUAUACUUGUUCGAAAGAAAAGGGUACGUAGUCAUCGAGCCCAGCGAAAACCAGCCAACAGACUUCGACUCUAUCAUGGACAUAGUUCUCGAGAUUGACGGCGUCGAAGACUUGGAGCAGAAUGACGCGUUGUUCGAAGUCCUCACCGAACCCCAACAGACGAACAAAGUCGCCGAAACAUUACGCUCGCAUGGUUUCCACAUCAGAGAGAUGGGUGUCGAAUAUGUGCCAAACGAGGACACCGCUAUGCCUCCUGUCACAGAAGAGGAACUACAAACUAAGCUGGAUAAGUUCGUCAACCAGCUAGAGGAAAUCGAUGAGGUUACGCAAAUCUACACCAAUAUCAAGCAGUAG